AUGCUUUGUGGGGACGUUGACAAGUGGAUCCAAGAUGGCGUAGAAAGUAAUGACAGGAUUUGGAUGAAGUGGAUCACCCAGGAACUACAGUGCUGGUGCGAUGUGCAAGAAAUUAUAAAGAGCUCUGAUGGGCUAUUUGGGUGAUACCCAGUGCAGUGAACUGCAGGGUUUUUGUUCCUGAGUCAUGGAAGACAGCAGAGCUGAGAAGUCAUGUGAACGAGCCUGUGAGUCCCUGCAGAGGCAGGACUAUGAGAUGGCCCUCAGGCACUGCACAGAGGCCCUGCUUUCUCUCAACCAGUCUCCCAUGGCCGACUUCCCCGGGCCGUGUCCUCUGGAGAUAGAACGCAUCAAGAUCGAGAGUCUUCUCUACAGAAUCGCCUCAUUUUUGCAGCUGAAAAACUACGGGCAAGCUGAUGAAGACUGUAGGCAUGUGCUGGGAGAAGGACUGGCCAAGGGCGAAGGGGCCUUCCGGGCCAUGCUUUGCUGCAUGCAGCUGAAGGGAAAGUUGCAGCUGGUCUCCGCCAUCCUCGCCAAGUCUCUGACUGGAGAGUCCCUGAAUGGGAUGGUAACAAAAGAUUUGACGAGGCUGAAAUCACUUCUCGCCGAAACCGAGACAGCAACUAGUAACGUCCUCUCUGGAUAUCAUGUGGAAGACUUAGAUGAGGGGUCUUGUAAUGGGUGGCAUUUCCGCCCCCCACCUAGGGGAAUCACAAGCAGCGAGGAGUAUACUUUGUGUAAAAGAUUUUUAGAGCAAGGAAUCUGUAGGUAUGGUGCCCAGUGUACUUCAGCACAUUCCCAGGAGGAGCUAGCAGAGUGGCAGAAAAGAUACGCCUCACGGUUGAUCAAACUGAAACAGCAAAAUGAGAACAAACAGCUCUCAGGCACUUACAUGGAAGCCUUGAUAGAAAAGUGGAUGAAUUCAUUAUCUCCUGAGAAAGUGCUUAGUGAGUGUAUAGAAGGGGUGAAGGUUGAACAUGACCCUGACCUGUCCGUUACGGUCAGCACCAAAAAAUCCCACCAGACAUGGACCUUUGCUCUCACCUGUAAGCCCGCAAGAAUGCUGUCUCGUGUAGCAUUGCUUUAUGAUGCUCAUCGUCCUCAUUUUAGUAUCAUUGCAAUAUCUGCCGGAGAUAGUACUACCCAGGUAUCACAAGAAGUCCCAGAAAACUGUCAAGAAUGGAUAGGAGGAAAGAUGGCCCAAAAUGGAUUAGAUCAUUACGUGUAUAAAGUCGGGAUAGCAUUUAACACAGAAAUAUUUGGAACUUUUCGCCAAACCAUAGUUUUCGACUUUGGAUUGGAACCAGUACUCAUGCAAAGAGUAAUGAUUGAUGCAGCUUCUACAGAAGAUCUCGAAUACCUGAUGCAUGCAAAACAACAGCUAGUAACCACAGCCAAGCGUUGGGACUCUUCUUCUAAGACUAUUAUAGAUUUUGAACCUAAUGAAACUACUGAUUUGGAGAAGAGCCUUCUUGUCAGAUACCAAAUCCCACUGUCCGCUGACCAGCUGUUUACCCAGUCCGUUUUAGACAAGUCAUUGACCAAGAGCAACUAUCAGUCGCGGCUGCAUGAUCUUCUUUACAUUGAGGAGAUAGCCCAGUAUAAAGAAGUUAGCAAGUUCAACCUUAAAGUGCAAUUGCAGAUUCUAGCAAGCUUCAUGCUCACUGGAGUUUCUGGAGGGGCAAAGUAUGCUCAGAAUGGACAACUUUUUGGUCGUUUUAAGCUUACUGAGACACUUUCUGAAGAUACUUUGGCUGGACGACUGGUGAUGACCAAAGUCAAUGCUGUGUAUUUAUUACCAGUCCCUAAAGAGAAGUUAGUACAGACCCAGGGAACCAAAGAGAAAGUUUUUGAAGCUACUAUUGAAGAGAAAACAAAAGAAUAUAUAUUUUUAAGGAUAUCCAGGGAAUGCUGUGAAGAACUUCAUCUUCGGCCUGAUUGUGAUACACAGGUUGAACUUCAGUUUCAGUUAAAUCGAUUACCCCUCUGUGAGAUGCAUUAUGCACUAGACAGGAUCAAGGACAAUGGGGUUUUGUUUCCAGACAUCAGUAUGACUCCUACCAUACCGUGGAGUCCCAACAGACAAUGGGAUGAGCAGUUGGAUCCUCGACUUAAUGCAAAACAGAAAGAGGCUGUUCUGGCCAUCACCACUCCACUUUCAAUACAGCUGCCGCCUGUCCUAAUCAUCGGGCCCUACGGAACGGGCAAAACCUUCACCCUCGCUCAGGCCGUCAAGCACAUACUGCAGCAGCCAGAGACCAGCAGGAUUCUCAUUUGCACCCAUUCUAAUAGUGCUGCUGAUCUCUACAUAAAGGAUUAUUUACAUCCAUAUGUAGAAGCAGGCAAUCCCCAGGCGAGACCUCUCAGGGUAUAUUUCAGAAAUCGCUGGGUGAAGACUGUCCACCCAGUUGUGCAUCAGUACUGUCUGAUCUCAAGCGCACAUUCCACCUUUCAGAUGCCACAGAAGGAGGAUAUCCUCAAACACCGCGUGGUGGUCGUUACCUUGAAUACUUCCCAGUACCUCUGUCAGCUGGACCUUGAACCUGGGUUUUUUACGCACAUUCUGUUAGAUGAAGCUGCCCAGGCCAUGGAGUGUGAAACUAUUAUGCCUCUAGCAUUAGCAACUAAAAGCACUCGGAUUGUCUUGGCUGGUGAUCACAUGCAGCUCAGUCCUUUUGUUUACAGCGAGUUUGCCAGGGAGAGAAACCUUCAUGUUUCAUUACUUGAUCGACUCUAUGAGCAUUAUCCUGCUGAGUUUCCAUGUAGGAUCCUCCUGUGUGAGAACUACCGCUCCCAUGAAGCUAUCAUCAAUUAUACUUCUGAGCUUUUUUAUGAGGGUAAACUGAUGGCCAGUGGAAAGCAGCCAGCACACAAGGAUUUCUAUCCAUUGACUUUCUUCACAGCGCGAGGGGAGGAUGUGCAAGAGAAAAACAGCACUGCUUUUUACAACAAUGCAGAGGUAUUUGAAGUGGUGGAGCGUGUGGAAGAGUUAAGAAGGAAGUGGCCAGUAGCAUGGGGGAAGUUGGAUGAUGGCAGCAUUGGUGUGGUAACUCCGUAUGCUGAUCAGGUGUUUAGAAUCCGUGCUGAACUUCGAAAAAAGAGGUUAUCUGAUGUGAAUGUAGAAAGGGUGCUAAACGUUCAAGGAAAGCAGUUCAGAGUUUUGUUUCUUAGCACAGUACGUACAAGACAUACAUGUAAACAUAAACAGACACCAAUUAAAAAGAAAGAGCAACUUCUGGAAGAUUCCACAGAGGACUUAGAUUAUGGUUUUUUAUCUAACUACAAGCUACUCAAUACUGCCAUCACAAGAGCACAGUCCCUGGUUGCGGUGGUGGGGGAUCCCAUUGCUCUGUGCUCUAUUGGAAGAUGCAGGAAAUUUUGGGAGCGGUUUAUUGCACUGUGUCAUGAAAAUAAUAGCCUGCAUGGGAUCACUUUUGAGCAGAUCAAAGCUCAAUUGGAGGCUUUAGAACUGAAGAAGACUUAUGUGUUGAAUCCACUGGCACCUGAAUUUAUCCCCCGGGCUCUGCGACUACAGCAUGCGGGGAGCGUCAGCAAACAGCAGCAGUCACCACCCAAGGGGAAAAGCCUCCAUCAUGCACAGAAUGAUCAUUUCCAGAAUGAUGGGAUUGUUCAGCCCAAUCCUUCCGUACUUAUUGGCAAUCCUAUUAGAGCAUUUACUCCUCCACCCCCUCUUGGACCUCACCCAAAUUUGGGAAAAUCUCCAAGCCCCGUUCAAAGGAUAGAUCCUCACACUGGGACGAGCAUUCUUUAUGUACCUGCUGUCUAUGGAGGGAAUGUAGUUAUGUCGGUGCCUUUACCUGUACCAUGGACAGGAUACCAGGGUAGGUUUGCAGUUGAUCCUCGAAUCAUUACGCACCAGGCAGCAAUGGCCUACAAUAUGAACCUGCUGCAGACACAUGGGCGGGGCUCUCCUAUACCGUAUGGCCUUGGGCAUCACCCUCCAGUCAGCAUAGGGCAGCCACAGAGCCAGCAUCAGGAGAAGGAGCAGCAUGAGCAGAAUCGGAAUGGUAAAAGUGAUACAAGCAAUCCUGGAGCUGAAAUUCCUAAGAUUCGAACCCCAGAGAAAAAGCCUGCAGACCCGAAGCAGGUUGAUCUGGAAUCAAAUCCACAGAACAGAAGUCCGGAAUCACGCCCUGGUGUUGUUUAUCCAAAUGCCAAAUUUCCUCGCAAAGAUAAUCUCAACCCCAGACAUAUAAAUCUCCCUCUCCCGACUCCCCCUGCGCAGUAUGCAAUCCCUAAUCGCAGCUUUCAUCCGCUCCCCCAGCUCCCGAGACCACCAUUUCCAAUUCCACAGCAGCACACCCUGUUAAAUCAGCAGCAGGGUAGUUUGCCUGAGCCACCGAAUCAGGUGCCACCACAGCCAAAUCAGCUGGUCCAGCCACAGAGUCCGUUGGAUCAACAGAGCCAGCAGCCUCCUCCUCAGCUUUCUCCUGCGUACCAGGCAGGACCCAGCCCUGCUUACUUUAGUGGGGCAGUUGCUCACAGACCCCAGACUCCUCCUGCUGAGGCCGUGCUUCCUGAGCAGCAGCCCCCUCCCAUGCUGCAGGAAGGCCACAGUCCCCUGAGAGCCAUCGCCCAGCCGGGCCCCAUCCUUCCUCCGCACCUGAAUAACUUCAUUGAUGAGAAUGCACCGGGACUGCCUUUAGGGGAGGCUUUGGAUCGCGUACAUGGGAAUGUAGCUCUGGAGACAUUGAGGCAGCAGCAAGCUCGGAUACAGCAGUGGAGUGAGCAUCAGGCCUUUCUUAGUCAGGGCAGUAUUCCAUACCCACACCAUCAGCAUCCUCACCUCCAGCAUCUCCCUCAGCCGCCCAUCGGAUUACAUCAGCCACCAGUGAGGACAGACUGGAAGCUCGCCAGCAGCGCAGAAGAUGAAGCCGAAACGACGUACAGCAGGUUUCAAGACUUGCUCAGAGAGCUGUCCCAUCGUGAUCCGAGUGAAACCCGGGAACUAGCUGAAAUGCCGCCACCUCAGUCAAGACUUUUGCAAUACAGACAAGUUCAGACUAGAAGCCCACCAGCAGCCCCUUCUCCCCCGUCCAGCACAGAUCACAGUAGCCACUUUUCUAACUUUAAUGACAGCAGCAGAGACAUUGAAGUAGCCAACAGCCCAGCAUUUCCACAACGCCUCCCACCCCAAAUAUUCAGCUCGCCUUUCUCCCUGCCUUCGGAGCACCUGGCCCCUCCCCCCCUGAAGUACCUGGCACCUGAGGGAGCAUGGACUUUUGCUAACUUACAACAGAAUCACUUGAUAGGGUCGAGCUUUCCCUAUGGCCUACCUCCAUUGCCUCACCGGCCACCACAGAACCCUUUUGUACAAAUCCAGAAUCAUCAACAUGCUAUUGGUCAAGAGCCUUUUCACCCACUGUCAUCUCGAACAGUAUCUUCUUCUUCGCUCCCUAGCUUAGAAGAGUAUGAGCCCAGAGGACCCGGUCGGCCCUUGUACCAAAGAAGAAUCUCAUCCAGCUCAGCCCAGCCUUGUUCUGAAGAAGCAAGCACUCCUCGAGACAGUCUGGCUCAGUGCAAAGAGCUCCAGGACCCCGGGAACCAAGCUUCUUUCAGCUUCUCCCCAGAGUCCUGGGCAGACAACACCUCAUCUGCCCCCUAUCAGAACAUUCCGUGCAAUGGAUCCAGCAGGACAGCCCAGCCCAGAGAGUUGAUAGCUCCGCCCAAGCCUGCCAAGCCCCCUGAGGAGCCUGCCGAACCCGAGAACCUCGAGGUGGCCAGCCCCUUCAACUACAGCAUGCUGCAGCACCUCGGCCAGUUCCCGCCACUGCUGCCUCACAAGCAGGUGGCCGAGGCGGCCGCUGCGGCGGCGGGCAGUGGCGGCAGCAGCGGUCCGCAGAGCUCCGCGUCCAGCAAGCCGGCCAUGUCCUAUGCCAGCGCCCUGCGCGCCCCGCCCAAGCCGCGGCCGCCACCGGAGCAGGCCAAGAAGGGCAGCGACCCGCUGUCCCUGUUCCAGGAACUGAGCCUGGGCAGCUCGCCGGGCAGCAACGGCUUCUAUUCGUAUUUUAAAUAAUCGCUCAGUUUCCUCCUGGGAAAGCUUUUCAUUUCUGUUUGUUAUCAGUAGAGGUAAGGUAGUGGACUUCACUCGUAGGUGCAUCGUGCCCUUUGUUUUAAUAUCCAAUAUGUCCUCACUUAAUUGCUUUGCUGCUAGACUUGCAACUAAUUUUUUAAAAGUAUAUUCCAUUAUUUUGCAUUUUUGAUGUGAGUCAGAAUUUUGACAGCUUUUAUGUAGAAUAAAAAAUAUUUUUAAAUUUGUGUAUUGUUACAUAUGUCUGCAUCAAGCUAGCAGCUAAGAGGUUAACUGUGCAACUAUGAAAAAAAAAAAGAAAAAAAAACUUUGUCUAAAAUUUAUUUAAAAAGAAAAAAAAUUGUAAGUAGCAUUUACAUUUAUUCAAUAAUAUUACCACAUGCUGGGUUUCUGUACCAGAAAUGGCCAGUGGAUGUACAAAAUGUAUGUUAUUUUUGCUUAAAUUCAUUUAAAGUUUUUUAAAAUAAAGGGGCAGCAUCUUCUAAAUACUUUUAAGUUUUAUCAGCUUUUUUUUUUUUUUUUUUUGGUGACAGGAUGCUGCAUUCUAAAACUUUCUAGUUUUAGACGACGUAUGACUUGCUGUUGUAAUCUCCAUCCACUGUAGGAUAGAGGUAAAGGCAUUCUUCACAGUGUAUUUCACAUGCCACUGGUUUUUUUUUUUUUUUUGAAACACACACAGACAAAAAAAAAAAAAAACAGUGGCAUAGUUGGUUAUUUUUUGGACAAGCUAUACUUCAAGCUUGUUUUUAAAUGUUAAUUUGAUAGUUUUUUUUUUAAACAAAUCAUGAAGCUGAAAAAUUUUUAGGAUUGUUGGUGCUUAGUAGACUUGAUAACUAUUUUAAAAUUGCGUGAAUUUAGUAAAAAUCCUUUUCUUUUCCCCCUCACUAUGCAUGUGUAAAUGUUUGUAACCCAGCUUUCCCUCCUCCGCCAGUGGUAUCAAAAAUUGUGCCACCUUAAGGUUUGUUUUAUUUUUUUUUUCCUCCCUCCAGUAAAACAUUUUGGUACAUUAUUUGAUGUUUACAUUAAAAUGUGACAUUAUAUAUGGCAAUUCAGAUAUUUUGCCAGCUGUUUUGUGUGAGGAACAUCAUUAAAGAAGAAACACAAUAUCAAAAAUACAUCACAAUUCAUCAAAAUCUGGGACAAAAAAAAAAUACCCUUGCUUCUGAAGUCUUUGAUUCUUCCAAAAUGCCAUUAUUGAACUUGUACAAAAAUAUGAAAUUUCAGUCUCAGCGUUGUUUUGAAUGGACUUGGGCAACAUUGAGAGGAGAGCGUUUCCCUGCCUAUACCGCACGCAGUGCUGCGUGUCGGCGGCAUUCUCCCCGUCCGGUAGUCAUGCUUUUGUGUCUUAGAGCUGAAAGCUAGACGCUCAUCUUGGCGUUUUUUUAUGUGAGGUGAGGCUGGGCCACGCUUCGGGUCCCAGUCCUCAUGGCUGGGCUACGCAAAAGCAGACAUUGGGGAGACUACUACUGUUAGGCCAUCUUCCAUUCACAGCAGUUUCCUAACCAGAUUGAAAAGUGGCAAGGGUAAAGAAAAUCAUGUUUCUGACUUGACUGGAGUUUAGUUCAGGUUGGCCAGCUGCAACCUCCAGAUGUUUGGGGAUAGAAGAGUGCCUUUGGCUAAAGGUCAGUAAGCUGCAGGACACACGAAGCCUACUGCUGUUAUUCAUUCCUGCCCUUUGGACCCGAGUGCAGUUCAUCUGUGUGUGGCUUUGUAUUGCAGGCUAUGGGUCUCUGUGUGAGGUGGCAGGUGUAUUCAUGGUCAGUAUAAAUCGCAGUUGGAAAGUGAGGGCGGCAAGCCACUGUGCUAGGCUUCCUCUGUAUGGCAUCAGAUGACAAGAUGUAGCAAUAUCAAAUGUUACUCAGAAGAAGUGUUUGCCCAAGAGGCUGUGCUUUUCCGAUGCUGUGACAAAGCUCAAGGCGUGGAUCUUCUGGUGAGAAGGUGUCCAUGAGAAAUGAUUUUCCCAUUAGCAAUGAUUUCCCCCCAUACACACACACCAAAUAUGAAGAUAGUUCAAAAAGGGUAGUGGAACCAUGGCACUAAACAAUAAAGUUUGUUUUGGUCCACAAAAAUUUUGAAAUCCGUGGACAGUUUUUUCAUAGUGCGCAUUUCCAUGAACUUGACGAAGACCCCUCAUUUACAGGAAUACAACACAAGCUAGAGAGAUGUUCCAAAACUUUUGAUACUCUGAAGACAGAAUUCUACAGCCCAGAGCUGUCAGGUGAACUGUCCUAAGUGAUCACUCAAUUGUCUAUUUUCCAUACUUGAACCUUUGAGAAGACAUCAAGUGCUAGAUUAUUUAUAUUUCUAUAGGGAGGUCCUGAGCACACCUCCAGGACCUUAUUUGCAGACACCGAUGCUGGAAGAUGGGAGCUUUGGAUAAGAAAGGUGUGUGACGUUUUCAGCACAUUCUCGCCGUUAGCCCCUACAUGUGCGGCAGGAGCAGUGGUAGCGCCUCAGGGGCCCACUGCUGGCUGCGCCUCUUUGAGUUUCUCAUCUCCUUGUCGCCCCUGCGGCCAGUUAAGGAGUCCGGUGUUGUGUCCAUCUCUUACUCUUGGUAUUGGUAGGCUCUAGAUCUCUUGGCUUUUCCUGAUGCUGUGCUUCUAGCCAGGCUUUUAAGAAUCUGACCAGUGCAGGGUGGCCUCCAGCAGUGCUGAGCAACCCUCGGUUGAAACGAGCCUUGGCUUCUGAGUGCAUUUGAUGCUGUUUGGGUAUUAGCUCUCUAGUAUUGACAAGAACCCAUACAUCAGACUGGGAAAACAUAUCUUACUUUACAUCUUAUAUAAUAGAUUCAACCUUAGAACUCAGAUGGAAUUCUUCUGUAUGUUUUUAGAGAAAAUUUAAUGAAAAGUCUCAAAUAGUACCAAUUAUUUCCAACUUCCUUUCCUUCCAGAACAGAUUUCUUGCAAGUGAGGUUAAUUGUUUCCUGGGUGUCUUUCUACUUCCUUUGUUCUUUACAUCACUCUGAAGUUUCCUUAUUUUUUGCAAGAACUCUUUCUUUUAUUAAUUUCAGUACUUUAUGUUGCCUUAAAGAAAUUCUUUGGAAUGGUAGAAUUUGUAUUCAUGCUAAAUUUUUUUUUUUCCUGAUCUAAAAAUGUUAAGAUUUUAAAAAAUUUUGUUCGGUGUUAACAUGGAUAUUUUCUGCUGUGGGUUUCUCUCUCUUUCUUUCUUUUUUUAAUUUGAUAGGUAGACAGAGAGAGGGGGCGGAGAUGUUCCCUCUCCUGGCUCACUUCCGCAGUGCUCACAGGUGGCCAGGGUUGGGCCGGGGCGGCCGGGGCUGAAGCCAGGAGACAGGAAUGUAGUCCCUGUCUUCCACAUGAGUGUCGGGAGCCCAGUCACUUGAGCCAUCACUGCAGCUCGGCAUAGUGUGCCUUGCAGCAGGCUGAGAAUCAGGAGCCAGAGCUGGGAAACAAACCCAGGCAUUCCAGUGUGGCAUAUAGGCUGCUUCUGCACUGGGCUGACCACUGGGCUCCUGACGUGUUUUUAAGGGGAAUUUGGUCCCCAUUUUGGCAUAUGCUGGGCCAAAUUGUUGUAGCAGAGCUUUGUUCUUGAUUGACUAGUCAUUAAUUAUUGGCCAUUUGAACUAAUACAACUUUAAUUUUCUUUUCCUUACCCAGAGGUCAUUUUGUAUAUGUAUAACAAACUGGUUAGUGUGGCUUCCUUUUCUGAAAAUCAGAGAUUCUCAAAUGAGUUCAGGUUUAGUAUAAACAUCAGCUGUUCUUUGUGAGUUCAAAGAAUUGCAAAAUGAGUAAAGUAAGUAGCACUCCUGUUGAGGAAGUAUUACCUAAUUAUACACAGCAAUCUCCGAGACCUGUUAUGAAAAAUCAUUUCCUUUGCUCUGAGGUCAUUCGGGUUGCUGUAAAUACUAACUGAAUCAGAGGAACUUUGAGAUUAUUAAUAGAUAGUAUUAUGUUUCUCUAGUGUAGUUGAUUGUGUUUCUCAUUUUGAAGGCAAAACUAUCAACAUUUAAAAAAAUGCAUUUCUCGCCACAUUGGCUGGAGAGAGCCACCUGGCCUAAGUAAGAGUCAGGUGUGAAAAACAAUUUCAGGGUAAAUUUUAGUAUUUCAGCUAUUGCUAUUAAGAAAAUUAGAUUUACUGAAAUGAUUGUUUCAAAAGAGCCAGCUUUUGCAGCAUUGUCUCAUAAUGGAUUGUUCUUUAAGGUGAUAGGUUAAACCUUGAGCUGCAUUGGAAGACGCACAUCGCUGCUUUGAAGUGUUAUUUCAGCCAGCUAUUCUUUGUCCCCCAGCUCCUCAAAGGUAGUUGUUUGCCUUUGAAGCUUCCCAGGCAUGAUUCUCACCAGCCACUCCUUUCCCUUCAGAUAGUGCCCAGUUCCCACCCCUGCCCCCCUUCAUGGACAGGUCAGUGUAUUCCUGCCCCUGCUUUGUCCCACGCUAAUGCCUCCUUGAUCUGCAUUCAAACUACCUGGAAAUCACAAAAGAAUGGAUGAAGAUGUUCUAACCAUGAUCUCUUGUUCAAAAUGUCACCUGGUGGUGUCUGUCACCUGUUACUAAAUCCUCCCCUGGAAGGACUUAGUGGCAUGCUAGUCUCCAGCAUGUGCCUAAUCCUCCACCUCUCCCGCUGCUGGAGGACGGGCCCGCACGGGCCGGGGUCCUACCAUGAAGCCACCGGCUUCGCUCCCGCCAGCCCCUUCCCCAUCGCAUUAGGGCUUUGUGACUCUUGUGACAGGUCUUGUGUUUGACCAUCUUAGAAAACCACAUUCAGAAAAUGUCGUUGUGUUGUCAUUAGCAAAUAGACCAGCAUUGAACAGAUUUAAAAAGCUGGCUUUAAUGUAACAUCUUUGAGCCCACCAAAAAACCGAAAAUACCUACUUUGGACUGAACUUUAAGGCAAAGUCACCAGAGUUUGUAAAAUGUUUUGAAGGGAGGUACCUAAUGGAAGAAUCUAGAUUUAUAGGCAUGUGAACGGUGGUUCAAUCUAAAACUGAAGUGUGGUGAAAACCCAGACACGUUCCAUGUCCUUAAUAGUUUCAGUAAUCAGAGUAUUAGACCCGACUUUAUUUGCAAUUUGUCCAACCCAGAGAUUUUAUUUUGGUACAAAUAUUAAGCAUAGAGCAUAGUAAGUUUUAUAUACUUCUAUCAGUUCAUUAAAUAAUAUUAUGAAAUUUUCAUUAUGUUCCUGGGGAGUCUUUUUAGCUAUGUCUACCUCAUUUAUGAGGUCUCUUCUAUAUUUGAUUUUGCAUAAUAGCAUGUGAUUGCCUGCCUUAGAACUAUGUAUGGGGGUGGGAAGGGGAAGCAAUAUUACCUUCAAAGAAGUUUUUGUUUUUAAUGGAAGAAUUGUUUUACUAAUACUUUUCUCCCUGUAAUGUUUGAAACAUAAAGGGGAAAGGGUGGCAAAUAACAUUGAUCUCAACAGAGUAGAAGUGAUAAGAGUAGCAUCCCUUUACCAAUCUCCUCUAAGAGUUUAGAAUUGUCAACAGGUGAGAGCAAUGGUUCUCAAACUGUAGCCAGCACCAGAAUUACCUCAAGGUCUUGUUCAAGUAGAUUGCUGGCCUCCCUAGCCAGUUUCUGGCUCGGGGCUAUGGCCUGAGCGUUGGCUUGGCCAGGAAGCUUCCCCCGCUGUUCCCUUGCUGCUGGUCUGAGAACCACAGGUCUGGCACAGGUCUGCGGGUCUUUCCCACAUGCAUCCGUUUACUUAGUGUACAAACUAGGUCUUCGGGGACACUUGUCUAGUUCUGAGGCCAUGAGUGCAAUAUUCCUGGAGGAAGAGCUCAAUGCCUUUGGCCUGGCUGCCAGCCGCUCCAGGAGCUCUUCCCUGCUGGGGCUCCAUGCCCUGCUUCCACAUCGGGAUGAAGGCUGGAAGCCAGGCCUGUGUCUCAUGUGCUCAGGGUCUGUGUUGGUGACCUGUCCGCAUGGGAGGAAGCCAUCCACACACCUCGAGCCCACGAGGUGCCUGGCCUGGGGUCCCUGUCCCUUGCGGGCAUCCAAAUCAACAGGUGACCCAUGAGUGAGGUCUUGUGCGGUUUUAGUCUGAAUUAUUUGGGGGGCAGGAGUGAGAGCACAGGAUUGACUUUUCAAAUGAUGCAUUUCUCAGGUUCCCAAAGCUAUUUUGGAUUUUGCCAUGCCAGCAGGUAUCAGGGAGAGCCCAGAGUGGUGUGUGGGAGCAGGAAAGGAAUAAUUGUCUCUGAUAACUCUGCUACCUUAAAAAAAUUUUUUUUUGAUUAUUUUGCAAAACAGGCUAGGGACUCUGCCAUCUGUGCAGCGUGAAUGACCCGUAAAUCUGAAGUGCGCAUGUGUGAGCAAAUUAUCAUCAAGAAAGAAACCACCUAAUAGAACCUUGGCUACUUUUAAAUGUGUGUGUAUAAUGUUGUCAUGGCCAUUGCUCCCUGGACUGCGCCUUGUGGGACAUAUUGGGCUCUGCCUCGGUUUUGAUUUGACUUGGAAUUUUCUGAGAUUCUAGAAAGAGGGAAAAAAAAUCUGUGUUUUGGGGGUGAUAGAACUGGAAUGACUUGGGCCAUCAAGGCACAUAUGCCGCCACCAUCAUCAAGUGUUGCUGGGCCUCGGGCUUCCUGAAGCCCACUUCCCAUUGAGGAGGGCGCAGACAUGACUCUGUGUGCAGGCCCUGCUUCAGGGGAGCUGUGAUUCCACAGACACGCUGCACACGAAGCCUUGCGUGCAAAGACCUGUACUUGUCUUUCUAAGA